AUGGCAGCCGCCUUCAAAUUGCUACUAGCACUCUGCUUAAUCGCAUCAAUUCUAAUCCUGCAAGCGUCGGCAGGUGGGGACCACGACGGAUGGAUGAUGCCGGCGGUGAGAUCCGGGUGCAGGGGGACCAUCGCUGAGUGUCUGGCCGACGGAGACGACGAGUUCGAUCUCGAUUCGGAGUCCAACAGGCGCAUCCUAGCCACGACUCGCUACAUCAGCUAUGGUGCGCUACAGAGGAACAACGUCCCCUGCUCGCGGCGCGGCGCAUCGUACUACAAUUGCCGCCCCGGCGCACAGGCCAAUCCCUACCGUCGCGGCUGCAGCGCCAUCACUCGCUGCCGGAGCUGA